AUGUCCAGCCAACCUCUCCUCCAAACCGCCCCAGGCAAGCGAAUUGCUCUCCCAACCCGAGUCGAGCCCAAAGUCUUCUUCGCCAACGAGCGCACCUUCCUCUCAUGGCUCAAUUUCACUGUCAUCCUCGGUGGUCUAGCCGUCGGCCUUCUUAACUUCGGCGACCGCAUCGGCCGCAUCUCCGCCGCCCUCUUCACCGUUAUCGCCAUGGGGGCGAUGAUCUACGCUCUAGUAACGUUCCAUUGGCGUGCGCAGAGCAUUCGCCGCCGUGGGCAGAGCGGCAUUGAUGACCGCUUCGGCCCUACAAUCCUCGCCAUUGCGCUCCUGGCUGCAGUGGUUGUCAACUUCAUCCUGCGGAUCAAGGACGGGCAGAUGAACUAG